AUGAUGGCUGACGAACUACACCUCAAUGGCCGUCCUGUUGAUUUGCUGGAAGAGGCCAAAUUGUCUGUUGGUCUGACCGAAUGCCGGCACCACGCUUGCCACACUCAACCGGCCGCUAUCUGUCAGGAUCCGGGCCGAUGCUAUCCUCGAGGUGGCAAGUUUACCUGUUCCUGUCCACUCGGACAACAGGGCGAGCAUUGCAGAACAAGUGGGUUCUCAACAAAAUCACACCACAAUAUCCAGUGGUGGGGUAUCGCGUCGGAAAGGGGAAUUCAUUGA